UGACCAAGCCCAGCCUGGGGCCAAGUCGUCGUUGACCGUUGCCCCCUCGGCCCCUUCCCGCUCCUUCCUCGGCCAUGGCCCCAGGGAUGCCGGGCCGCGGCGGCGCCGCCCUGCUCUGCCUCUCGGCGCUGCUCGCCCACGCCUCUGGCCGCUCCCACCCAGCCAGCCCCAGUCCUCCGGGGCUGCAGGCCAGCCCGGUGCUGCCGGUCAGCUACCGCCUGUCACACACGCGGCUGGCCUUCUUCCUGCGGGAGGCGCGGCGCACGCCUCCCACGGUCACCAACGGCUCCCUGCAGCGCUCCGAGCCCUUCGUAGUGUUCCAGACCAAGGAGCUGCCCGUCCUCAAUGUCUCCCUGGGACCCUUCAGCACCAGCCAGGUGGUGGCCCGGGAACUCCUGCAGCCGUCCAGCACCCUGGACAUCCCCGAGCGCCUGACGGUCAGCUGGAAGGUGCGAGCCUUCAUCGUCCACCCCCGCGUGCCUGCCUCGCAGCCCGUGGCCCAGGUGCUGUUCUACGUGGCCGGCCGGGACUGGGAUGACUUCGGCGUCACCGAGCGGCUGCCCUGCGUACGCCUGCACGCCUUCCGGGAUGCCCGGGAGGUCAAGAGCUCCUGCCGCCUCAGCGGGGGUCUGGCCACCUGUCUCGUGCGCGCCGAGCUGCCCCUGGCUUGGUUCGGGCCCCCGGCCCCAGCUGCACCACCCACUGCCCGCCGCAAGUCUCCAGAUGGGCUGGAGCCCGAGGCGACAGGGGAGAGUCAGCAAGCCGAGCUCUACUACACUCUCCACGCCCCGGAUGCGUCGGGAGGCUGUGGAGGAACACGGCGGGGUGCCGGGCCCGGGGGCGGGGCCCGGGCCGAGAGCCCGACCCAGCACCCCCUGCUGCGCAUCGGGAGCAUCAGCCUGUUCCGCCCGCCCCCGAGAAGGACCCUGCAGGAGCACAGGCUGGACAGCAACCUGAUGAUCCGCCUGCCUGACCGGCCCCUCAAGCCCGGGGAACUGCUCAGCAUCCUCCUCUACCUGGCCCCCAACUCCUCCUCUCCCUCCAGCCCCAGCCUGGAGCACUUCACUCUCAGGGUGAAGGCCAAGAAGGGCGUGACCCUUCUAGGAACCAAGUCACGGAGUGGCCAGUGGCACGUGACCUCAGAGCUGCUGACUGGGGCAAAGCAUUCAACAGCCACCGUGGAUGUGUCCUGGGCCCAGGGCACACCGCUGCCCCUCUGGGAGGACCAGGGGCCCCUGGAGAUCCUGCAGCUGGACUUUGAGAUGGAGAACUUCACCAGCCAGUCAGUCAAGCGGAGGAUAAUGUGGCAUAUCGACUACCGUGGCCACGGUGCCCUGCCUGACCUGGAGCGGGCUGUCACCGAGCUGACGGGCAUCCAGCGGGACGUGCAGGCCAUCCUACCCCUGGCCAUGGACACAGAGAUCAUCAACACAGCCAUCCUGACUGGCCGGACGGUGGCCAUCCCUGUCAAGGUCAUUGCCAUCGAGGUGACCGGCCUUGUCCUAGAUGUCUCUGCCCUGGUGGAAUGCGAAUCUGACAAUGAGGACAUCAUCAAGGUAUCCAGCAGCUGUGACUACGUGUUUGUUAGCGGAAAGGAGUCUCGCGGUUCCAUGAACGCCAGGGUCACCUUCCGCUACGACGUCCUCAAUGCCCCCCUGGAAAUGACAGUCUGGGUGCCCAAGCUGCCCCUGCACAUUGAGCUCUCGGAUGCCCGCCUCAGCCAAGUGAAGGGCUGGAGGGUACCUAUCCUUCCUGACCGGAGAUCAGCCCGGGAGAGCGAGGACGAGGACGAGGACGAGGGACGACGGCAGAGCGCGAGCCGUGGCUGCACUCUGCAGUACCAGCACGCCACCCUGCAGGUUUUCACCCAGUUCCACACGACGUCGGCGGAGGGCACCGACCAGGUGGUCACCAUGCUGGGCCCAGACUGGCUGGUGGAGGUCACCGACCUGGUCAGCGACUUCAUGCGGGUGGGUGACCCCCGAGUGGCACGCAUGGUAGACAGCAGCACGCUGGCCGGGCUGGAGCCAGGCACCACCCCCUUCAAGGUGGUUUCCCCCCUGACGGAGUCCGUGCUUGGGGAGACACUGCUGACAGUGACAGAGGACAAGGUCAGCAUCACACAGCUGCAGGCCCAGGUGGUGGCCAGCCUCGCCCUCUCCCUGCGGCCCAGCCCCGGUAGCAGCCACACCAUCCUGGCCACCACAGCCGCCCAGCAGACCCUCAGCUUCCUCAAGCAGGAAGCCCUCCUGAGCCUCUGGCUCUCCUACAGCGACGGUACCACGGCCCCACUCUCCCUCUACAGCCCCCAGGACUAUGGGCUGCUGGUGAGCAGUCUGGACAAGCGCGUGGCCACAGUGACCCAGGACCGGGCCUUCCCACUGGUGGUGGCUGAGGCCGAGGGGGCCGGGGAGCUGCUCCGUGUGGAGCUCACCAUCGCCGAGAGCUGCCAGAAAACCAAGCGCAAGAGUGUGCUGGCCACGACCCCUGUAGGCCUGCGGGUGCACUUUGGGCGGGAAGAGGGGGACCCCACCUACGACUACCCCGGCCCCAGCCAGCCAGGGCCCGGCGGGGGCGAGGACGAGGCCCAGGGAGCUGGCCCACCGGGCACUGCCGGAUCCCCACCCGAGGCCGUGGGCCCGGGCACGGCCAGCCCGGUGGUGCCACCCACAGAAGAUUUCCUGCCACUGCCCACUGGCUUCCUGCAGAUGCCGAGGGGGCUGACGGACCUGGAGAUCGGCAUGUACGCGCUGCUGGGCGUCUUCUGCCUCGCCAUCCUGGUCUUCCUCAUCAACUGCAUCGUCUUCGUGCUGCGCUACCGGCACAAGCGCAUCCCGCCCGAGGGCCAGACCAGCAUGGACCACUCUCACCACUGGGUGUUCCUGGGCAACGGGCAGCCGCUGCGGGGGCAGGGGGAGCUGUCGCCACCCGCCAGCAACCCACUAGAGGCCGUGCCCGCCUGCUGCCACGGCGACCACCACAGCAGCGGCAGCUCACAGAGCAGCGUCCAGAGCCAGGUGCACGGGCGGGGCGACGGCUCCUCGGGCGGCUCGGCCCGGGACCAGGCCGAAGACCCCGCCAGCUCUCCCACCUCCAAGCGCAAGCGGGUCAAGUUCACCACCUUCACGGCGCUGCCCUCGGAGGGGCUGGCCUACGACUCGGUGCCCGCCGGCGAGGAGGACGAGGAGGACGAAGAGGCCCUGGGAUGGGGCUGCCCAGAGGCGGCGGGCACCGCGCGGCCCACUCUGCCCCCUGACCUGCACAAUUACAGGCACAGAGUCAAAGAGAUGGCAUAGAGGUGCGUCCCCUGCCCACCAUGGCCUGGGCUCCGUGUGGGACAGAGCCGGGACCCAGCUCACAAUUGACACGGGCCGGCUGAAGUGGAUCUUAUGCUCCGGCCCCGGCAGCUUUGCUCCUCCCGGACGGCCACCUCCUUGCCUCGCACCCUACCAUCCUCCGCCCCCAGAGGUGGAGGGGCCUUCCCCCUGGAGCUUGCUAAGAGGAGAGCAAUCCCAGCCUUCGUUCUACCCUUUCCAACCCUCCUCCUGUCUUAGACCCCUGCCCCAAGACAGGGGCAAGGAGGCCGAGCUUGCGCCAAGGGUCCACACAAUGCCCCGCCCCAUCCCCCCACGUCCCCUGCUUCCCCCUGUGUGGGGGGCUCUGGGGGGGGUCUUGUGUCACAAGCUGCACAAAGACUUUUCUCAAACCGCUAUUCAGGGAUUUCUGGCCUGCAGGGUGGGGAGGCGGCGGCUGUCUGCCCUGCCAAGGAUCUUGCUGUGGACAGAACAUUUGGGGGGCAGGGGAUAUUUGUAGCAUCUGCUGGCUUCUGGGUGCCCCCCACUCCCUUCCCAGGACCUGGGAGCUGACUCUCCAGAGGGGUCUGGGGCCAAGCCAGGCGCCUCUCUGAGAUCUCAGGACUCCAUCCUGUGCCCCCAAGGGCUGUGGGCAGGCCCUCAAGGGGGAGGAGUCCUUGGUCCACCCCAGAGCACUGUGGUCCAGGUGCCCGGGAGCCCUGGGUGCCCCGCGUCCACCCCUCAGCAAGGUCAGCACUACGCCUUAGCCGUCCCUCCUGCUCUGCUGAGCACUCCUUCCUCUCUGCAGGGGCAGCCACCCGCCCCGCUGCUAGGCGGAAUCCGGUGGGAAGGGGAGAGGGUGCCAGGCAGUGCUGGGAAGGACCCUGGGACAAGCAAGGCAAAAGGGAGCCCACGGCUCCCCUACCCCAUCCCACAGCCACCCCUCUCUCGGGUUCUACCCACCACUGUGUCAGAUUUUUCUUAAGUAAAUGGAGGCAACCAGACUGGGAAUGGGGGCAGCAGCAGCUCCCGGAGAACAGGCAGUACAUGGUGGCUGGCUCUGUGUCUCUUCCUUGCGUGCAGGUGCGUGCAUGCACACACACACACACACACACACACACACACACACACAUAUGGAGGUCACGCUAAAUGACAUGAGACGGAAACACGGCUGAGCCACCUGCGGUCCUGCUCCUCCUCCAACAUCCAGGUCCCUUUAAACCCUGUGGUGCUGGGGGGAUGCUCACCUCUGGGGAUAGAGGACUUGCUGACCCAGAAAUGUGCCCUUCUAAAGAGAUGUCUCCUCUAGGAGAAGGGUAGGAGGGUACAGAAAAAGAAGGAGAGAGGCGAGAGGGUUGUAUGCACACCUGAGCUCACUCCAGUUUCCUCCUCUGCCUCAGUGCACCUCUCAGAGGGCAUCCCUCCUCGUCACCAUCACCACCUCCCAGGGAGGCCUCUCUUCUCCAGGGAUUGAUGGAGACAGUCUGGGGGUCUCCAAGUCAGAAAGCCAGGCAGGAAAGAGCAAUGGCUGUUGGGGGGCUCCUCCCUGCUCGGUGGGCCAUGGGCUGGCCCCUCGCCCCUCAUGGCCUCCCAUGGCCCUGGGAGACCUCUCCCCAGCACAGGUAGCAGCCCCAGGGACCACAGGAGACCUGGGGUGGGGGAGGAAGAGCUCGGCCAAGGCUGCCUGGCCAGCCUCCAGUACCCUGGACAGGUGGCUACAGCAACCAGCAUCUGCCCCAGAAGGGACCAGGGGCAGGACUAGUGCUGUGUUGGCACCUGCCCCAAAUAGCUGUUGCCCCCACACACAGAAGGAAGCCUGCCUGUCACGAUCCUCUGCUCAACCAAUCAGGGCAGCCCCGGGGCUGUCGUGAGAAUUAGAUGAGAUCGUGUCUGUAAAGUGCUGUGUGCGGUGCCCAGAAGCAGACAAAGUUCCCGGCACAGACCCUGGCACACAGAGAUGCUUAAUAAAUGGAGUUUGUUGCAUCCAGGUCUUAAUGUUC